AUGUCUGCAAAGAAGUUUCUCGUCGCUGCGUUGAGCUCCGUAGCUCUCGCUGUUCCUUUUGAAAAUGUAGUCGAAGAACGUCAGGCAGCUUGUGCCUCCGCCUGGGGACAAUGUGGUGGUCAGGGGUGGACUGGUGCUACAUGUUGUGUCAGUGGGAGCACAUGCAACAAGUCAAAUGAAUAUUACCACCAGUGCUUACCCGGUACCGCGACAACUACUGGCACAACUACUGGUCCUACAUCAGUAUCUUCCACUGCUAAACCUACAACUACUAAGCCAACAACUACAGUUGGAAGUACCACGACCAAGGUCCCUACUACUACUGCCCCAGUCGGUAGCGGCACAGCGGAAUGGUCAGGAAACCCAUUCUCAGACGUCAAUAUGUGGACAAACUCGUACUAUGCAUCAGAAGUUUCUGCAUACGCCGUUCCCACUUUGGGACCUGGCGCAGCAGCGGUUGCAAAAGUACCCAGCUUCAUGUGGCUAGAUACUAGGGACAAGGUUGACCUGAUGGCGGAGACUUUGGCCGACAUUCGUGCAGCUAACAAGGCCGGUGCUAAUCCCCCUAACGCUGGAAUCUUCGUUGUCUAUGAUCUGCCCGAUCGUGACUGUGCGGCAGCAGCCUCAAAUGGCGAAUAUUCUAUUGCUGAUGGGGGCGUUGCGAAAUACAAGGCAUACAUCGACGCGAUCGUCGACUUGGUCAAGACUUACUCUGAUAUACGACUACUCCUUGUUAUAGAGCCCGACUCAUUGGCCAACAUGAUCACCAACUUAAACGUAGCCAAGUGCUCCAAUGCUGAAAAGGCUUACUUGGAAUGUACACAGUACGCAAUUAAAAACCUGAACUUGCCUAACGUUGCUAUGUACUUGGAUGCGGGACAUGCUGGCUGGUUAGGAUGGACUGCGAACCUGGCGCCGGCUGCUAAGAUGUAUUCUCAAUUAUACAAAGACACCGGGUCUCCCAAGGCGUUGCGUGGCCUUGCUACUAACGUCGCCAACUACAAUGCCUGGGAAAUAAGUACUUGUCCAUCGUACACCCAGGGCAAUACCAACUGCGACGAGUCCCGUUAUGUCAACGCUAUGGCUCCUCUACUUAAAGAAGCAGGCUGGGACGCUCACUUCAUCACAGACACUGGUCGCAGCGGAAAGCAGCCCACAGGACAACAGGAAUGGGGCCAUUGGUGUAACGUUAUUGGAACGGGCUUUGGCCAACGUCCGUCAGCUAACACGGGCAGCGACCUUCUGGAUGCUUUCGUCUGGAUAAAGCCGGGUGGUGAAUGCGAUGGUACUAGCGACACGAGUGCUACAAGAUACGAUUUUCACUGCGGCCUGUCCGACGCACUGAAGCCGGCCCCUGAGGCGGGUUCGUGGUUCCAGGCGUAUUUUGAGCAGCUUUACAAGAAUGCUAAUCCUCCUUUCCAAUGA